GACACUAUAUCGACAAUGUCAGACGUAGAAGAUUACGAUAUUGCGGGAGCUCUUGCUGUGACCGGUUCUGCCUCGGAAUCGGAUUACUCUGAUUCUGAUAACUCUGAUGCUGAACUUCAAGAUGAAAUUACCCAUAGUGAUGAUGAAGCUGAAUCUAAACUGAAGAAACAAAAACUUAAUCCAAAGACAAAGGCCAAGGCCAAGGCAGCUGCUCUUGCCGAUAAGCUGUUCCCACUGUUGGAACUUUCUGACGAAGAAGGUGAAAAUGAAGCCAAGGACAUGGCCUCUUAUUUUGCUGUGAACAACCCACAAGCCAAAAAGGCCAAGAAUGGUUCCUUCCCAUCGUUUGGUUUCUCCAAGUUUUUACUUCAAAACAUUUCUAAGAAGGGGUAUAAGCAACCUACUCCUAUUCAACGUAAGACCAUCCCAUUGAUUAUGGAAAGUAGAGAUGUUGUGGGUAUGGCCCGUACUGGUUCUGGUAAAACCGCUGCCUUCACCUUGCCAGUAAUUGAAAAACUUAAAUCUCAUAGUCCUCGUCCUGGUGCUAGAGCUGUCAUUUUAUCUCCAUCGAGAGAAUUGGCCUUGCAAACUUUUAAACAACUUAAGGAAUUCAGUAAAGGUACUGACUUAAGAUCCAUUGUAUUGAUUGGUGGUGAUUCAUUAGAAGAACAAUUUUCCUCCAUGAUGACUAACCCUGAUAUAAUUGUUGCCACACCUGGUCGUUUCUUACAUUUGAAAGUGGAAAUGCAAUUAGAUUUAAAAACUGUGGAAUAUAUUGUCUUUGAUGAAGCCGAUAGAUUAUUCGAAAUGGGUUUUGCUGAACAAUUGAAUGAACUUUUGGCUGCAUUGCCAUCUUCAAGACAAUCUCUUUUGUUUUCUGCCACCUUGCCCAGAUCUCUUGUUGACUUUGCCAAGGCAGGUUUAACCAACCCAGUGUUGGUUAGACUUGAUGCAGAUGCAAAGAUCUCUGAUCAAUUACAAAUGGCCUUUAUUACCACCAAAAAGAAUGAAAGAGAAGCUAAUUUACUUCAUAUUAUCCAAGAAGUUAUUAAACUUCCAUUAGCAACUGAAGAAGAUAAAAAGAAAUUGGUUGUAUUGGAUAAAAGAAACAAUCCAUCUGAUUCUGAAGAAGAAGUUGAAGAUUCCAAUGGUAAGAAAAGAAAGAGACCUAAAUUUAAAAAGGAAAGAUUACCACCAGCAAAUGAAUUACCUUCUAAAUAUUCCACCAUUGUGUUCGUUCCAACCAAGCAUCAUGUUGAAUAUGUCACAAAUAUGUUGAGAGAUGCUGGAUAUGUUGUAUCAUAUAUUUAUGGGUCUCUUGACCAGCAUGCAAGAAAGCAACAAUUGUACCAAUUCAGAGUCGGUUUGACCAGUCUUUUGGUGGUCACUGAUGUUGCUGCUCGUGGUAUUGAUAUCCCAGUGUUGGCCAAUGUCAUCAACUAUACACUUCCUGGUUCAUCCAAGAUUUUCAUCCAUCGUGUGGGUAGAACUGCCAGAGCUGGUAACAAGGGUUGGGCUUAUUCCAUCGUUAAUGAAAAGGAAUUGCCAUACUUGCUUGACUUGGAAUUGUUUUUAGGUAAGAAGGUCUUAUUGACAUCCAUGCAUGAUCAGAAAUGUGAUAUUUUGAAAGAAAGACAAGGUUCCAACUAUGUUGAACCAACUAUUUCAUAUACUGAUAGAUUAGUAUUGGGAGCUGUUCCAAGAAAUGAAUUGGAAAUUUUCCAAGAUCUUUACGAUAACUUGAUGAAGAACCAUUAUGAAUUACGAGUCAUUAAAGAUGUUGCUAACAAGGGUGAAAAGCUUUACUAUCGUACUAGACAAGCAGCUUCGCAAGAAUCGAUCAAAAGAGCUAAGGAAAUUAUGGCUACUGGAUCUUGGGAUGAUCAACAUCUUAUGUUUGGACCAAAUAUGGAAAAGGAAAAGGAAAAGUUUUUGGCCAAGUUGAACAAUAGACAUUCAAAGGAAACUGUAUUUGAAUUCAAUAAGAAGGGUAAUAACAAGAAGCAAAAGGGUGCACAAGAAGAAGAUGACAGUCUUGUUGAAUUUAUGAACAAGAGAAGAAGACAACUUGCUCCAAUCCAACGUCGUGCUAAGGAAAGAAGAGAAUUGUUGGAUAAGGAAAGAAUGGCGGGAUUAACUCAUGGUAUUGAAAAUGAAAUCUUGAAGAAUGAAGAUGGUGAAGUUGGUUAUAGUGUUAAUAGUGGACAAGUUGAUGAAAGAGAAUUACAAGAUGCCUUUGAAGAUGCUGAUGAUAUCAUUGAACAAAAGAAAUUAAAGGCAAAGAAAUCAUACAGAGAUCCACAAUUUUUCAUGUCUCAUUAUGCUCCAGCUGCUGACCUUCAAGAUAAGCAAUUAUCUAUUUCCUCGUUUGCUAACGAUGCUGCAUCUGCAGCAUUUGACUUGAAUGAUGAUGAUGCCAAGGCCGGAAGCAAGCAAGUCAUGCAAUGGGACAAGAAGAAGGGUAAGUACAUCAACUCUCAAUCUACCGAUAAGAAGUAUAUCAUUGGUGAAAGUGGUCAAAAGAUUCCAGCCACCUACAGAUCAGGAAGAUUCGACGAGUGGAGGAAACAAAGAAACUUGGCACCUUCCAAGUUUGGAUCUGUUGAAACUGCAGUCAGUAACGAUACUUCUAAGACUGGUCAAAGAUUCAAGCACAAGAAGGUUGCUGCACCAAAGAUGCCAGAUAAGUUCAGAGAUGAUUACCACAAGCAAAAGGCCAAGGUGGAGAAGGCAGUUGCUGCAGGUACUUCGGUAAAGGGUUACAACAAGCCUGGUCAAAGACAAGAAUUGAGAUCUACUGAAGAUAUCAGAAAGGCAAGAAAUGCAAAGGAAAAGAGAAAGGAGAAGAAUGCUCGUCCAAGUAGAAAGCGUAAGUAG